AAGUGGCAAGGCAAAACCUUAAAAGCGACAACAUAUCCUGGAUCAUGUCGACUCAAUCAAACUGCUUCAUAUGUUGUUAAACCGGGUGUAUUUGUGGAAAUGUCAGAGAUUUCAGAUCAUGAACUUGGAUAUCUUACUAAUGAAGGAGUUGCUGUAGGAAUAUCUGUAGCUGUUAUUGUAGUAGUCUGCAUCAUCGUAGUUACUGUGUUAUUCUGGCGAAGAAAUAUUCGCAAAAAGACUGCUACUAAAGUCUCUGAUGUCACGAGUAACAAAACAGUUGAUAACUCUCUAGGUCAACAAGAUAUAGCACCCCCUCAGUAUCCAACAGAUGACAAGAUAUUGUAUAGCCAAGUUUCGAAAGGCACACAACAUUAUCAAUCUGAAGACACCCAAUCGCCGUAUUCCCUAUCUGUGGAAGGGGUAUAUGAUACGACCAAUGAAAGGAGACAUGUUAUUAACGACACGAACGUUUACAGCCAUGCAGUUGAUACCGUGUAUGAUUCUUCCGAACAACACACGAGACAAGAAAGGAAAGAGGAAGUCUAUGAUCACGUUUUCGGUCAGAAAUUGGAAGAUUAAUACGACCAAACAACACAUAAGUGGAUUUAUUACAGCAUCAGGAUUGAAAGAAUCUUAUAAAAGUUUUGUUGAAAAAUGUAUUCUAUAGAAAAAGUCAAUCCUGUAAAUUGAACUAUAAUAAUGCCCACCCGUCAUUUUUUGUAAUUCGUUUCGAUGGACUUGCUCAUAUAACAUUUAUAUAAGUGCAGUUUGUUGCCAAAAAAAAAUUACUUUUAUGUAAGGCGUAUGCUAAUUGUAUUAUAUUAUUUGCUGGUUUAUUUGCGGAUGUUUGCUAAUGAAAUUCACAAAUCUAUUUUAUUUUUGUAAUUUUUGUUGAAAAUAAAAUGUAUGCAAUAUAUACA